AGUUAUAUUUAUUUCAUGUUUAAACUCGUAUUUGAUUUACUCAAAAGAUUUUAUACAACACGAUACUAUACUUAUAUAUAGUAUUCAAUAAAAGUAUGUGUUUUUGUGAAGUAGGAAACACUAUACGUCGUAUUGAUUUAUUGUAGUGAAAUUAUAAAAUGUAAUGUUGUUAACACGAGGGUAUGUAUAGCGUGUUUGGGAAAUAAUUAAAUAAUAAAGAAAUCACACGAUCAGAGUGCGAAAUGUCUGUUUUUUGUCACCGACAGAUGGCGCCAUUGUGCCGUGUUUACAAGAAACAGACUGAUCAUCGAAAGCGUUCAUAUCGUCUCAGAUUUACUCUCCUUCUGUCAAAUGGUUUAUUAAAUGUGAUUUAAGCCUUGUUGGGUUUAUUACUCAGGAGUUUUCUCCACUGUUAAUCCUGUUUGCAUUGUAAUGUUUUAUCUGCGACGGAAAUAUUACUGAUUUUUCAUCAACUUUAGAUGCCACUGUAUACUGAAUAUUAGCAGGGAUUAGUUUGUGAAAUAUUCUUAUCUCCAGGUGCUUUUAUCGGUUUAAAUGGCAAAUAACAACACGAAUACUUCGUGGAAAACAACUGUUAUUGUCAGUACGUCCCUUCAGAAUAAGGAAAUUACAGUGCUGCUUUUAGCACAAGAACAUCUACUUCGCUAUUCAGACAGUAUUGAACCCGGUACACUUGUCUUUCCUCUCUCAGGUGUGGCAUUCUUGUUGAUCACAAGUGAGGAGUUUCCUGAAACUGAGUGUGAAGAAUUCUUUAAAAAGAUUGAAAAAUUCAUCCAGGUCCACAGAAACAGCUUUCUUUUGCUCCAGGCACGGGCGUAUGGUGCAAGAGAAUUGAAAAUUGUGUCUGCAGUGCAGAACAGGUUCUUUGGCAGUAACCUCAAAAUCUUACCUGUCCAUAGCACUGUGGACACUGUCAAAGGAAUGAUGACCAUCGCUAAAGCCACCAGUAGACCACACAAGGACAGAGUGCGGGAGCGGAUGCAUUUAGCUCAAGCUCAAAUCAUCAAACACAGCCAUGAAACUUUAAAGAAACUGGACAUUUUUAAGGUCAUUUAAUUUCCACCAGCUUACAGUCUUACAGUCAGAGUGUCAUCAUCUUUAGAUAUAAAAGCACAAAGUACACAAACACUAGCCAUGCAGCCACACUUCAACACACACACAACACACACACAACAGUUAAUCACCUUUAUGUUCUAGUCUGCUUUUUUAAGAGCUUACCUAAAAGUUAAGACUAACUGCUGCCUUCAGAAUGUUUUCUAUUACAGCAUCUACAAAGAUUUUCUAUUAACAGCACACUGACAGUAUUCUGCAAUGUAUAUGUGUUUUCCUUUGUCUAAGUAAACAACAUAUUCUUGAAUAGAGAUUUUUUUAUUUUCUAGCAGGUUUAACACAUAUUUAACAUGCAGUACCUACUGCUCACACCUAAUAUUGCUUUUAAUAUUACAAGUCAACCCAGCAAAGGAAAAAGCAACCACGGCUUGGACAACAUCACACUCUCUCCUCUAGGAUCUCCUCUAUUCGGAUGACAAGACUCUCCAUCAGAUCAUAUGUAACAAGUGCACACUGUAAUACCUGAAAUGACAAAACAGGUCCGUUUUUAUCUUGACACUCACUGACUUACUGUAGAAGGAUAUGAGGAGAGAGAGGAUUUACCUUCUCCUGUGCCUCACAGGGCAUUCCAGCUAGCGCUUUGUUUUUCACAAUCAUACGUUGAACUGAUUUGUUUCCUGAGGCCUCUUUCAGUUCUAGAGAUAAAAAAUGAUAAGAUGUUCUUAUAUAAAGUAAUAAAGUAGAAUAAUAAUAUUAUUGAUACUUGGGUAUGCUUUUUCAAAUGACAUUGCUAACAAUAAUAGAUGGAAAGCUCUUUUGCCAACAGUUAAAAUGAUUUAUCAUCAAUUAAAAAUGAAAACCA